UAUCGGAGUGACUAAUUAAUUAAUUAAUUAAUUAUAAAUAUCCAGGAUAAUUUUAUUAAAGAUUAUAUGUGAUUGAACUUCAGAGUCUGGAUAUAUAAUAGUGCUACAAGAUAAUUAUUUCUUCGAAAUUCAAGUGAUUGAUGAUAUUAAUUUUACGUACAAAUUUUAGGAACAAUUUCCUUAAAGCACGAUACAUAGAUUGAUUAGAUUCGCAAAAGAGAAUACAAGUAAUAACUUGGGAUUAGAGUUAUAAAAGAUAUGACGAAACAAAAGCUAGCCUGAAAGGUGGAAUUUUAUUUAGUUAUUUAGAGCAAAGUUAUUUCUUCUUAAGAUUUCUUCACACAAGAACAUAUAAUGUGAUUAAUGAUAAUAAUAAGUGAUAAAAAAUUUUUAACUACCUUGAAGAUGUCAUUAAAAAGUGAAAACUCGCGGCUUAGUCCGGUAACUAAUUUGGUGUUAAAUUAAUGUUAAUUAAUUUAAGAUUCCGUCGGAAGAAAUUUUAAUACUAAGACAGUGAAUAGUCUAAGUAAAAGAAACAAUUAAGCGUACGAUGAUGCCGCUGGCACCGACGCCAAUAGUCCCGGUACCUUCUAAGCCGAAAAUCGGGUUCAGUAUUGACUCGAUAGUGGGAGGAGGAGGAGGAGGAGGAGGAGGAGGAGGAGGACGGGAAAAUAGAUUGGAGAUCGAGAGGGAUGGAAGCCCGAUGGAAGUUGUGGAAGGUUCCUCUUCGCCGAGACUAAGAAGAGUCACCAGGUCUCCCGGUGCGCAUUCUGAAGGCUCCGACCGUCCAUUGUCCAGAAGUUCUUCUGUGGAAUCUUACCCGUCGAGGCUGAACGGUCAUCCGCACCCGGCCGCGCGGCACCACCAUCAUCACCAUCUGCAAGGAUUGACUCACCUGGACUAUAGCAGGACUCAGAAUAGAAGUCACAGUGGCGGCUCAACGCCUAAUAACAGUCCGAGUCCGCCUCACAGGAUUUCCCAUGGAGAUUCUCCGGUUGGAGCACAUCCUCAGCCGCCUCCUGGAGUCGUCAGGCCUAGUCCGAACUAUCUAGGGCCGCCUCCUGGGGCGGCUACUGCUGCUGCCGUCGCUGCGGAGCAGAUCAAGUCUUUGUAUGGCCUCCAGGCGGGACACGGUGGACCUCAAGGACAAUCUGAGUAUCAUUCUCAGCAAUUUGCUCUGGCGGCUAAUUUAGCCGCGGCGCAGAACUUCCAGGCUUCGAAUCUUGCGCUUGCGUUACAAGCGCAUCACGGUGCUGCGCCGCAUGGCUCGCCGCAUGGACCUUAUCCUCAUGGAGCCGCUUCGGGAGGCCCCCAUCCGCCGCCUCAUCCUCAUCAGCCUAGGGACAGCUAUCCGCUUUUUCCCUGGUUACUUUCAAGACAUGGAAGGCUUUUUCCUCACAGGUUUCCUGCAGGUCCAGACAUACCAGGAUUUCUCCUCCAGCCAUUUAGAAAACCCAAGAGAAUAAGAACAGCAUUUAGUCCGAGUCAGUUAUUAAAACUCGAGCAUGCUUUUGAAAAAAAUCAUUAUGUUGUUGGAGCUGAGAGGAAACAACUUGCGCAAGCAUUAUCUUUGACCGAAACUCAGGUUAAAGUUUGGUUCCAAAACCGCAGGACGAAGCACAAACGCGUGCAGCAGGAAGAAGAAGCCAAAGCCCAGCAGCAAUCCGGAGGCAACAACAACAGCAACGGAAACGGGAAUAAUAUUAAAAACACUCACCAUGUCAGCAAAUGGCAGCAAGAGACCGGUGAUUACCACCCAGAAGACGAUGAAGAUGAUGAUUCAGAGCUGAUCGACCCAAAAGCCGAAGACUGUUCGAGUGGCUCUGAAGCGUAGCUAGACAUCACUUGCCUCGACUGAGGCACAGAAUCACUUACUCAAGUCUCCAGACAAGAGCGGAUUUAAUGCCGACUUCUGAUUCUGGAUUUCUGGUAGUCUGGUAGUCUGGAGUGAAAUAUUCCUAGAGGAAGUCGGUGUAAUGGAGCUAUUGUCUGUUGCAAGACGCCCAGAAAAGACAAGACACUAAAUAACCGCUGGGUUCCGCCGGAAGCUUCAAAGAAUCGGUCGCGGAAGAGUGAAUCCAAGGGAUGAUGCUUUUAUUUUCAUUGCCAACUAUCUACAGAUAGAUGCCGUUGUAAUGCGCAAUCAAAUCAGUGAAGAAUAUUAACAUGUAUUGUAUAUAUCUAUAUAUUUAAUGUAUAUUUAUAUACAUACCUAUAUGUGUGUGUUGUUUCCAUUAUUUUAUUAAAUUGGACUAUUUGUUUGUUAGAUCAGAUUAUUUUUUAACAAUUAAGUUCCGUUUGAUUAGCCAUCUAAUUAAUGCCAUACGUUAACGAUUUGCGUACCUGUAAAUAAGAAGAAAUCAGUGAUUGGAGCAAUGAGUGCCAAACUUGAUAUUUUAAUUAAGUACUAUUGGAUAAAUAAGAGACUAAAAAUAGAUAUUAUGAGUAACAAUAUUAAUUCAAAUUAUCACUUUUAUUUUUAUUUUUUAUUAUUAUUAUUAUGGAUGAUUGAUGAUGAUUAAGCCCAGUGUAAUAAAUAAUUUUAAGGUAUGUAUCUGUGGACUAGAUUUAUUGUCGAAUUUUACGAAAAUAAGAAAGAGAGAAGCAGUAUUUACUUGAAUGAUCUUAACCGAUACAACUUUAAAUUAUUUAGAUAAAUAUGUUAGUGUAUUAGCAUACGCGUGAAAGUGUUGUAUAUAAUAACUGUACAUAAUAAAUUGUGAUUCUCAUCGACUAGAUAUAUUAUAUAUAAAUAUAAAUAUAAAUAUAAAAUAUAUAAUUUUAACUGUCAAAAGAAUAUUAA